ACCAGCUAUACUACUCUCCUACUCUCCCUGUACACCUCCUACUUCUCUCCCUCACACACUCUGUCUGUCCGUUAUUCUCUCUCCCAGCAAUGCUGCAAAGGCUAUAACCACUGCAGGCGUGCUUCUUGGUCAUCACCAGUUGCAGGCCGAAGGAAAACGCUCUUGUGAUUGAAAAAAAGAGGUGACGAGGGGAAGAGGGCGACCAAAGCAAGGGGGUAGACGACGAUGCCGCGUGAGAUUAUCACCAUCCAGGUGGGCCAGUGUGGCAAUCAGAUCGGCUGCAGGUUCUGGGAGCUUGCACUGAAGGAGCAUUCUUGCUAUAAUCCAAGGGGAUUGUUUGAUGAUGCGUUGAGCAGCUUCUUCCACAAUGUGGACAGGCGGUUUGACCCACCGUUAGAGCUGCCUGUCGGUGACGGCAGAGGGAUGAUUCGUUUCCUGAAGGCAAGAGCAGUACUCAUAGACAUGGAAGAAGGUGUUGUUAAGGAGCUGCUGAAGGGCUCUCUAGGUGAGCUGUUUGACUCCCGUCAGUACAUAACAGACAUGUCGGGAUCAGGAAACAACUGGGCCCAUGGUCACGAGGUGUACGGGCCUCAAUACAAAGACAGCAUUCUGGAAUCCGUUCGCAGGGAGGCAGAGGGGUGCGACUCCCUUCAGAGCUUCUUCAUGCUGCAUUCCCUCGGAGGAGGUACCGGCUCAGGCGUUGGCACGUACGUGAUGGAGCAGCUUCACGACGAGUAUCCAGAGGUCUACAGGUUCUCAGCCUGUGUCUUCCCUUCAGCAGAUGAUGACGUAGUCACGUCGCCUUACAAUAGCAUGCUUGCAGUCGCCUCCUUGGCAGAAAACACAGAUUGCGUCUUACCCAUUGAGAAUCAAGCCCUCAUCGAAAUAACUCGCAACUACAGCAGCAGCAGCAGCAGCAGCAGCAGCAGCAGGACCAGCAGGGGUGGGUUGAACCCCUCUUGUCUUGCUGCAGCAGCUGCUGCAGGUGGACGGAGAGGGACAGGAAGACAAGGUGAACGAGGCGGAGGAGGAUGUGCGCAGCGGACUGGUCAUUCACCCUCAGCAAUGGCAACUGGCAGAGGUGUGUAUGCUGCCGGGUCUUCUUCUUUGCCGUCUUCCUUGCAUGAGAAUCGGUGUAGCCAUGUUGAUGGAAAUCAUGGUCACACCUCACAGAGGCAGAUGGCAGGAGGGAAACCUUGGGAUGAUAUGAAUGGUGUGGCAGCCAGUCUACUUCUUGACCUUACGUGCUCCGUUCGAUUCGAGGGUUCUCUGAAUGUUGACAUGAACGAGAUCACCAUGAAUCUUGUUCCUUACCCUCGCCUUCACUUCUUGGUCUCCAGCAUGUCCCCUCUUCUGGGAGGGCAAGCACCUCCAUCCCCCUCUCUUCCUGCUUCUGCAGGUGCAUUUGCUGCGGCUGGUAGAACUCAACCCUCGUUUUCUUCUUCUUCUUCUUCUUCGGCAAACUCCAAAGCCAUCGACAUUCUGUUCUCGGAGGUAUUUUCUUGGAAGAAUCAGCUGAUCAAGGCCGACCCUUGCAGCUCCACAUACCUCGCUUGCGCUCUGACAUUGAGAGGCUCCCCUACGUCGUGUACCAUCUCCGACAUGAACAGGAACAUUGCUCGCAUCAAGAACCGCCUCAACAUGGUCUAUUGGAAUGCACCUGAAGGUUUCAAGGUGGGGCUGUGCUCCAAGCCUCCUGUUGGAUUGCCCUACUCUCUCCUUUGCCUGUGCAACAAUUGCUGCGUCAGUGAUACGUUCACCAACAUCAAGGACCGUUUCAGCAAGCUUUUCAAGCGAGGCAUGUUCCUCCAUCAUUACACUAAGUAUAUGGAACCUGCAUCUUUUGAAGACAGCCUCGAAACCCUGGAAACCCUCAUUGCCGAUUACCAAAGCCUACAAUGGGCUCAGCCUCCACCGACAGUGCCUCGCCUGCACCCCAUUAUCUCCACCUUCAAGUAACAGACAGGCUCGUUGGUGCAGGACGUCAUCUUUUGACCCACAAGCCUGAUUCCCACAUCACAGUAUAACUGUCCGUUUCAUGUGAUACGUAG